AUGUCUCAUAUCUCAUUUAAAGGCUGUAGUUUCCUCAGCCACCUCGACAGCUUUCAAUUUGACAUCUCAUCAUGCCAGACGAUUGCAGCAUCGCUGGUCUUUGCCACAGGAGGUCUGUUCCUCCUCAGCAGGGGCCUUAGCUUCCUUCGAGCUCUGUUCAGCAUUUUCAUCUUACCAGGGAAAUCAUUGAGCAGCUUUGGCCCGAAGGGUAGCUGGGCCCUCGUUACCGGUGCCUCUGAUGGUAUUGGCAAAGAAUAUGCCCUCCAGAUUGCGCGAAAGGGUUACAACAUCAUUCUCGUUUCACGCUCCGCAUCGAAGCUCUCCGCCGUGGCCUCCGAGAUCACUUCCGCUAAUCCCAACAUUUUGACCAAAACCGUUUCCAUGGAUUUCUCAGAGAACAACGACGAGGAUUACGAGAAACUUAAGGAUAUCAUCAAAGACUUGGAGAUCUCUAUCCUAAUUAACAAUGUGGGGUUGAGCCAUAGCAUCCCUGUACCAUUCGUUCAGACUCCAGAAAAGGAAAUGAAAGAUAUCAUCGCCAUCAACUGUCUCGGCACACUCCGCGUCACACAGCUCGUUGCACCCGGGAUGAUGCAGCGGAAACGCGGGUUGAUCCUUACGAUGGGCUCAUUCGGCGGUCUCUUACCUACUCCUCUGCUCGCCACAUACUCCGGCAGCAAAGCUUUCUUGCAGCACUGGUCUACUGCACUAGCUUCCGAGUUGGAGCCAUACAACAUUCACGUGCAGCUCGUCGUCAGCUACCUCGUCACGUCUGCAAUGUCCAAGGUCCGCAAGGCUUCCAUGACAAUCCCAAACCCCAAGGCCUUUGUUCGAUCGACUCUCAACCACCUGGGACGCAGCGGGGGCUUGUUUUCGUAUUCGCAUACAUCCGUGCCGUAUUGGACUCACGGUCUCAUGGCCUGGGGCAUCACUUCUUUCCUUGGUGCAAUGAGUAAAACAGUCCUUGGAAUUAACAAGUCCAUGCACGAAUCCAUUCGACAACGCGCGCUGCGUAAGGCAGCGCGGGAGAGUGGAAAAAAGGCACAGUAGAUGUUGUGUGUCUAAUCCUUUUUUCAGACAUGGCCUAAAUAAAUUUUUCGGGGUUUAUAUGCUGCCAGCUUUGUCAGUAGUGCAAAAUGAGCAGAAAAGAUUGUAUGAAUUUACUUUUGGGUCCACGUCCUUUUGAGUGGUGUUCUUAAUGUACACUACAAGUUUAAAUAAAUAAUGAAACGUCACUUGAACAGGC